AGUCAGAAUGGGCUCUCGUAUUGGGAUGGUGGUCUCUCGUGGAUUGCCUUGCGUCCUGCUCCUGCUGGCUUGUUGCUGGCUGUGCGAAGCCGGUGCAGGGUUGGCUCCGGCGCUGUACGUGCUCGGCGAUUCGCAGGCGGACGCCGGGACCAACAACCACCUCGUGACGGUGCUCAGGGCGGACCACCCGCAUAACGGCGUCGACUACCCGGGGUGCAAGGCCACUGGCAGAUUCAGCAACGGCAAGAACUUCGUCGACUUCCUCGCUGAACAUCUGAAGCUGCCGAGCAGCCCUCCUCCAUACCUGUCCAUCUGCAACGCCCCAAGCAGCAAUUCCAUAUAUCUGACUGGUGUCAACUUCGCUUCAGGAGGUGCAGGGGUAUCAAAUCAAACAAACCAGGGUCAGUGCAUCAGCUUCGACCACCAAAUCGAUCACCACUUCUCCAAGGUGAAUGCAUCACUGGUGCAGCAGCUCGGCCAGGCUCAGGCUUCGGCGCACCUGAGCAGAUCGAUCUUCGCCGUUGCAAUCGGUGGCAACGACAUACUCAACUACGUCCGUCCAAGCCUUGUGAACCAGGUGCUAAGCCCUUGUCCUCCAACUCAGUCUCCUGAUGAGUUCGUCGCCUCGUUGGCUCUCUCGCUGAAAGACCAGCUACAGAGGUUGUACAAACUCGGGAUGCGCAGGAUGUUCAUCAUCGGAGCAGCGCCACUGGGGUGCUGCCCGGUGCUGCGGGGGAAGGAGGAGUGCGACGCACUAGCAAACUAUAUGUCAUCUCAGUACAACAUCAAGGUGGCUUCCCUCCUGCGCGACAUGAGCGACAAGUACCCGGAUAUGCUCUACUCCUUGUUCGACCCAUCCAUUGCAAUGCUCGACUACUUCCAGCGACCAGAAGCAAACGGUUACAGUGUGGUGGAUGCAGCGUGUUGCGGGCUAGGAGGGGAGAAAAAUGCCAUGUUUAGCUGCACUCCGGCCAGCUCCCUCUGCAACAACCGGACCAACCACGUUUUCUGGGACUUUGUGCACCCCACGGAGAUCACUGCGCAGAAGCUCACGGCAGUUGCCUUCCAUGGAUCAGCACCCUUCGUGACCCCCAGAAAUGUUGGGCAGCUAUGUGACACUGCCAUGUAGGCAAUGCUGCGUCGAUUGCUCAGUCGCUGUUGUUUUAUGCAAACUACUGGGUUGCGACCUAACCUGCUGCUAUGUUCCAGUAAAUUUUCUUAUCUUUUUAAUGUGGACUACAAAUCUGCCUAGUUUAGAAGAUUUAUGAUUUAUGUAUAACUCUUUGUGUUAAUGGUUGCGUGCAUCAUCUGAUGUAGAGGCCGGGGGUAAACUCUCCUUUUCCAAAAAAAAAGAACUCUUCAUGUUUCUGUUCACUAUAUAGGUACAUGAGAUAGAUUAGUACGUUACGAGGGGAAGCGGAUUAGGAGCACUCGGGUGCUCCAACCCCCUAUAUUCAAAAAUAAUUUAAUAAUUCAAAAAAGCCAAAAAAAUCUUGGAUAUAUUUUUGAAUCAAAUAUGAUUAGGUAUUGUACUCACAUAAAAUGUUUGGCCAAGGAAUAAUUCUCGUUGACUUCAGGGAAAAAACAAAUUUAUGACGACAAUAUAGCAUGAAUAGUACUUGUAUCUAGCAUUUUUUGGAAAUCUUUGACCCCGGAUACAAUAAAAGUCAUUUCCUAUUGAAACCUUUUUAUACGAGUGCAAUACCUGGUCAUGUUUGUUUCAUAAAAAGUUCCGGGAUUUUUUUGACUUUUUUUGAAUUACUAAAUUAUUUUUGAAUAUAGGGGGGCGUAGCACCUGAAAGCUCCUAUGCAUUUUCGGUUACGAGGAGACUAGGUUACACAACAGAAUCCUACAACACAACUGAAGCGAUGGACAUGGGGAUGUCGUACAAAGCGUGCGGCACAGUGUGCGCUCCGCGUCCUGACGAGAUAGUCCGGUAGGUUGAGAUGCACAAGAGGACGCGUUCCAACGGCCCAUCAAAUUCGAGAGCUGGACAAGGACUCGAGGAAGAGUGUUGUAGGCAGUACAUUGGUGAAAAUGUCGGCGUGCUGACAAUAGAAGGAACGUUAAGUACUCUGACAUUGACCGAGAAGUGCAUGGAUGAAUCCGAGUACAUAUGAAC